AUGGAAGCAUCACUCAUUAUUAGGUAUUUCUCUGACGUCAUCGUGAGAAGCGUGGUGUCCUGUUCAUAGACAUUUAUAAGCGGUCCGUGACGUCCGAUCGCGUCUGAUAGAAUACAGCCUUAUAUAUAGGUCGUCUGCGUGAGUCCUGCGCCAGUAAUCACGAUGGGAUUCCAUAGUGUAGUGAGCGUGCUGGCGUUGGCGGCAGUCGCCUUCGCCUCUGUGAAUGAUAACGCCCUGGGAGGCGGAGAGCGAGUUUUUGUAGCUCCAGUUUUAGCUCCCCCGAGGGAAACGAGGACUCAUGUUACGGAUCGCUCGCGCCAGUUUCCAAUAUUAGUACUUCUCACUCAGGGAAAUCAGCAGCCUAAAGUGUUGGAACCCCAAGCGAAGUCGUUAGGUGUAAAUACACAACCUAUUUAUGUUCAGAAACUAGAAGAUCAAGAAAGACAAGUCCGUUCGAACAGACAAAAGCGACAUCUUAAGAAGUUAUUAGGUCAUGGAGGUAUAUCAUUUGGCGGUGGAUUUGGAUAUGGCGGAGGCGGUGGAUACGAGGGUAGAGGUCACGGUGGUUAUGACGGUGGCUACGGUGGACACGGUGGUUACGGUGGUCAAGGAGGAUACGGCGGCCACGGUGGAUACCAGGAACCAUCAAAAACCAUUGUUGUGAAAGUCAUUAAAGAACAUGGAGGUCAUCAUGGAGGCGGUGGUUAUGGUGGCAACUAUGGUGGCAAUUACGGCGGAGGUUCCAUCCCAAGUGGACAUGGCAAUGGUGGUGGAUACGGGAGCGGAGGAGGCGGCGGAUACGGUGGUGGUUACGGCGGUGGUUACGGCGGUGGCGGCGGCGGUGGCGGUGGUGGCGGCGGCGGAGGAGGUGGAGGUGGUGGCGGCUACGGCGGCGGAUAUGGCGGAGACAAUGGAUACGGCGGCGGUCAACAUAGAGGCAAUGGGGGAUAUAUACAACAUGGUGGCGGUUGCGGCGGUGGCUGCGGUGGUAAUUACGGCGGUGGUGGUGGUAGUUCAGCAACAGCCACUGCCACAGCAACGGCUACAGCUCAUGCGAAUUCCAAUGGGUACAAAAAACGCUAAAUUAAAUCAAAACGACUGUGUCAAAAUUAGAAUAUUAAAAUAUAAAGAUGUAUACAGAUUUUCGUUUAAUAUGUAUGUGUGAACUAUAGUAUAUUAAUUAUACUUUUAUAGAAAUAACAAAAAACAUUUUAAGGCUAUAUCACUGAGUUUAACAGAUUGACUAAAGUCUAAAUCGGUUAAUAUAAAUAAAUAUGACGGCGCAUGCGUAGCGCCAUAUGUUGAAUUACGUCGAAACUAGAAUUGACAACUACUCGUCACUGUCAAAAUCUAGCGGAACGUCGUGUGGAUGGUUAGCGCACACAUAAUGGCGGCAUUCAACUGGGAAGAGAAACCGUAAUUGUAAAUGCACCACAUACGACGAAUCGCUAUUGUUCCGUGUAAUCUACGAUAGUUUUUGUUAAUUUCGAUUCAUUUGUGAUAUAAAGUGAAUAUUGAGACUAUUAAUUUGAUUUUUGGACUAAACACUGAUUUUAAUUUUAUUUGAAGAAGUAUAUUGAUUAUAUAAUUGUUUUUGGCGUUUUAUCUUAUUAUUCAAUUGCAUCUAGAAGUCAUAAAUCAUGGCUAAUCCUGACAAAGGUAAUCUCUCGCCUUUAAAUAUUUAUAAAUAUUUUUACUAUAUUAAUCUGACAUUUUGGAACAAAAUAUAGCAUUAAUAAAAUAUGCAUAUAAUUCCAAUAAUAAACAAUUUAAUUUUUUUUGUAAAUUAGUGUAAUCAUUUGUAUAAUUUUGAAAAUAACUGUAAGGAAUGCAAUGUCAAGUACUUCAUAACGCCAUUUUUUAAAAAUAUUAUUGUAAUUUAAUUAAACUUCGAAUGAACAAUAUAAUUAAAAAAAUCACAGGAUAUUAUAUAAUUAUUUACUAGUAUUAUACUA